AUGGACGCCUCAAACGGCGUGCUGAUAGCUCCGGAUCAUGACGCAGUUGUGCGUAGGGACCGACCGUGGCUAAUCGAAAGCUCCGCCAUUUACAUGGCGUCUCUGUCCGUAACCUGGCAGUCCCCACCCUCAAAUCGAGCCCGCGGAAGAACGAUAAACGACGACGAGAUUCCAAACACCCUGACAUCACCAUCGAAGCUUCUUGCUCAAAAUGAGAGCCGGCCUCUGCAACCAUCGCGGUCUUUCGCAGACCUUGCGUCGCAAGCGGUUUCUGAUAGCCGUCCGGGCAAACGGCCCGAUCUAGUUCCUUCAAGACGCCGAAGUCUGCUGCCCUGGAACGAUCCCAAUCCAGCAACAAGUCAAUUGCGUCUAGAAGAUAUCACACAGAGUCGCAUGGCCAACACGUUCUUCUCACUGCAUUGCAAUGAAUUCGAAAAGCCAGUGUAUGUCAGUGAAGUAGUCGACAAGGCAACAAAUCCGAACUUUCGCACGUUUGACUUGAACCCUACUGAGUCAAUGCCGGACUACCUGCUUCUGGUGGAGCUGCAGCAAAACAUGCGGUCCCUGCAAUUUUUGGGGAAGACUCUGGAAGACUUCCAUCAACCUCUCCCCGCCAAUUGUGUUUUGUUUCAUUUUCCCGAUGGGGUAUACACAAGCCUUACCGAUAUCCCCCCAAUAGAGCUGCCUGGCGCAGUAUUUGGCCAGAAAGGCACUAGCGGAAGCAAUGUUUCACCCACAUCAUCCUAUGAGGCGCUGAUGCGAUUGGCGAACUUGGAUGAAUGCAUCCAGGAUGCCUUGGCCACCCGCGAGAAGCUAGAGACGCAGAUCGGAGAGAUUCUGCAAAGCAAUGAGGCUGCAUUGAAGACGGAAAGUCAAUCAGCAAGAGCACAGGAUCGCCUCGUCUCAAUCAGACAGGCCGUGGCCGCCGAGCGCAAGCAAAUUCGAGCGGCGAAUAAACGCAAGGAGGAACUUGCUGCCAGUAUUCAUGCUCGCAAAAGCUUCAUGGAGCAGGGUCGCAACCGCCAAGAGAAGGCUAAGAUUCAUCUCCCAGAUGCCCAAGAGAAACUUGCAGCGAGCGAGAAACUGUUGGCCCAAAAUGCCGACGAAACGAAGGGCCAGAUUCGGCGCAUUGCUGAGGAUCUGAUGUUGAUCUAUCCAAUUGACCCAGUGCCUGACAAGGUGCUUGCCUUCACGAUUGCUGGGCUAUUCCUCCCCAAUUCCAAAUUCGACAACAUCGAUCGUGAAGAGGUGGCAGCGGCGCUGGGCUACACUGCUCAUGUUGUCUAUUUGCUGUCUUUCUACCUCUCGGUGUCGAUUCCUUACCCAAUCAGCCCCAACUUGUCGACGUCUUUGAUUCAGGAUCCGGUGUCUAACAACCUACCCCAACGUACAUUUCCGCUCUAUCCAGUCAGUGUUCAGUACCGAUUCGAGUAUGCCGUCUUCCUUCUCAACAAGGACAUUGAGUUCUUGCUCAACAAACAAGGGAUACGAGGAUUGGAUAUCCGGCACACACUUCCCAACCUCAAGUAUCUCUUUUACAUUCUUACUGCCCAGACGCAAGAUAUUCCCGCUCGUAAGGCGGGCGGCAUCCGUGGUCUCCUCACUGGGAGACUAACACCCAACAUGUCCCGUCGAGGGAGCCUCGACAGCACCCUGUCUGGCGAGGUAGUCCAGCCACGGAAGCCACUUGAUAUGAUCUCCCGCAUGAAUGGGCUUGCACUCAGUGCGGAUGCCACUGUAUCAAAUGGGAUGUCCCAUUGUACACUAAUACUGUCGAGCAUAUGUUUAUGCUAUCAUGCGAUUACAUAUUCAAGUCUAUAA